UCGGGUAACCAUAGACACAGGUGCUAAACGCAUAACGGAGGUUGUCUAACAGUUUGCGAAUUCGGAUCCGUGUAAUUGCUUUCUAAUGCACACGAGAUGCAUUUCUGAAAGUUUUCGCCAGUCGUGGUGUCGUUAUACGCCGCGUCUAAGCAGACAAUUUCGGACGAGGUGGUAUUGGUGGGAUCGUUACAAACGUCCCAACAUGGCGAGCCUUCGGUCACGUACAACGCAGCCGCCCUGGGAGCGACGUGGCUGAGGAGCAAUAGAGGCGCCGCGGCAGCAGCCGCAGCCCAAAUCGUAGAUCUCGGGCUUGGACCCCAAGAGCCGAACAUCUUGGUAUUCUCUUGGUAUGGAUCACUCGUCGUUAGACAGCACGAUCUCCUCGCCAAUGCUACCGCCUAUCUUACGGCCGAACGAAGGAAUAGCUGGAGGCUGCGAGGUCGACAGAACCCGCGUCGAGAUCACCGCGCAGCGAGAGACAGAUAAGGGGGCAAUCGGGAGACACAAGAUGGGGAGACAAGAGGUAGAAAUGGCGAUGGUGAACCGGUCCCAGACCAGAUCGUCGGCUGAACGGCAGGAUCGGUGCCAUGGUGGAUUGAUAAAGCAGGCGCCCGCGGGGAGGAGCAGCGUUCCGUACCGGAUUGCCAGACAUAGCAAGCUCUUUGGCUGGAGGAUGAAGAUCCAAGGAGCAACUGGCCGGGCGCUACGACAGCCUCUCAGAGGCAGCCAAGGCGGGUUGGAGUGUGACAGUGAUUGUGACAGCAACUGCAGCUGGUCGUGCCGCUGCCCGUUGAUUCGCUAACCCUUCAGCCUGCAUAAUCAUUGGCGGGCGGGCGCAUUUGGCUGCGGGUUGGGGCAAGAAUGCGUGGUGAUGGCCGAGGAUUGG